AUGUCUACAUCUGCCAACUUUUACACACACGAUACAGACAUCUACAAUGACAUAUCGCCCCAUUUCAGUAUCAGAUCUCUCAAAAAGCCACUCAAACUCCGUAAAGUGGCUUCAGAUGAUGCCGAAGCUCUCCUCAAACAUUCCAGUGACCAGCGAAACGUUCAAUACGACGGCUCAGUUAUCGGGUUGGAUAACCCAGAAGCAAUUAGUUCUCUGUUGGCACAAUGGUCCACCUUCACUGAACCUCUUGCACGAUUCAAUGCUGUUGUUGUCACUGACAAUAAAAUAUCUGGUACUGGUGGGAUUGGCUGGAUCGGCACGAACUCAGAAGGAGUCAGGGUUGGAGCUGCAGGAAUUAUGCUAAACUCUGAGGAACGAGGAAAAGGAUAUGCGUAUGAGGCGCUCAAAAUUACCAUUGAUUUUGGGCUUCGUGAACUCGCCUUGGACGAGAUCCACUUAGCUACCUGGGACGCAAACAUUCCGAUGAGAGGAUUGAUGGAUAAGAAGUUUGGCUUCAUGGGGAGGAGAAUCGAGAAAGAUAGGUUUGGAAACGAGUGGGAGUGGAGGAUUAGAAAGACUGAGUGGCUGGAGAGUGUGCAUUCUGUAUAA